AAGUAAUUUAACUAUUUAGAGAAAGAAAAGAAAAAACAGAUAAAUAAAACAUCCGAACAUCACGAGAUGACAACCGAUUUUUUUUUUUUUUUGAAAAUUCAUCGUUGAAUUCGAAGACAAAGUGAAAUCAAUCGUUAGGGAAUUGAGAUAUAAACAGCGAAUUUGAAGAACUCAUACGUACGUUCACUUGAAUAUUUCAUACAGAUGACGAAAAUCCAUAAUAGCAAAACAUUUCAUUUUUAUUUGUAAGAAGAGAAAAACGUUCAUUUUGCCAUUUCACAACAAGAGGAAAAAUCGAGCAUAAUCACAGUAACAAGCUCAUGUUUAAAAAGCUGUGGCUUUGCAUUUCGUGCUUCGAUUAAGACAAAAACAAAAUAAACGAAGCUCAUAGCAAUUUAACGUAAAAAAUACUACUCAUCAUAUUUUGAUAUCAAAGAGAGCGAAUAGUGUUCAAAGCGCGUGUUGCACAUUCCGACAAUUUUUUUUGUUUCGCCCAAAGAGUGUGCAAAAAGGUGGUAAAAUCAUACAAUCUGCUUCGGUUUUUGUGAAUGAAAAUAUAAACGGGGAGAAAAAGACAGGAAAAAUAAAAUUCCAAGGAAUUUUACAAACCCAAAGUGUGCUUUGGUAGCAAUCAAUCUGCCCAAACCGUAUGAAUGAACGCCCCGUAAAAAAGGUCAAUUUAUUCGAUAAAAAAUUCGCUAGCACAAAUUUCGAGAGCCAAUAAAACCACAGUGAAUGGACUGGACGCCGUUGUAGGGCGCAAAGAAAAUAAGAAUAAAUGUAAUAAUGAUCUGUCGUUAAGGGAGGAACAGCAUCAUCCGGAGAUGUCAAAAGUGAUUGUGGCAUAACAGCCGAAAUCCACAUAGGAAACACCGAACAGAGAAACGUAAAACGAAGAACAUUGUUUUUGAAAGAGCAAACAGGAAAAAAAUCAUACAAAAAGUGAAGAGCUCCCCGGUAGCACAACCGCAUACAUACACACACAUUGACUCGACAACGAAACGUCGGACGGAAUAAGACGAAAUUUUGUGUUUUCUUUCUCUCGUUCGUACAUUCAACGAAUCAACGAAAAAUAGCAUCAAAAGUGCGGAUACAAGCCACAUAACGCACAACACACUCUGUGUGGUACUUAAACCAGAUAACAUUCUACUGGUGAUUCGGUCGUUCGUUCGAUGUUGCCGUUGCCGUUGCUACUGCUGCUGCCGCUGUUCGCUAACAACACCUCGUCAACAUUUUGAAGCUGAUGAAAAAGCCGCAUUUACGACUUACCAAACAUUUUAUUAGGCUCUAUCACCAUUCGGUACCGUUAAUAGUAGCUGCUGCACCAGGAGCAAUAAUACGGGCUAACAUCAGCCGUUUUUGAAAAAAAAAACCACACUUUUUUCCUGCUUUGUUCUUGUCGUUAUUAUUGUUGUUUUUGUUGUUAAUGUCGUUGCAAAGAGCGGAAAAUAACGAGCGUUUCCAGUAUCUAUCUCUCUCUUCGUGAACUGUUGAACUUUGGAAAUAAAGCGAUUUGUUAAGAGAAAAAGAGAGGACAAAAAAACUGUGUGAAUUCAAGUGGUUCUUUCAGGCGCAAGUGUGUUCUCAAACUAAAAAAAAAAAACGAACUUUACAGUAAACUCAAACGCUAACUUAAAAGAAAUCUACAAUGUUAUUGUGUUGCAAGUAAAGAUAGUGUGAACUUUUCCUCAAACGCAUCAGCAUCGAGUUCUUAUUAUUGAACGGUACUGAACGGUAUAAAAUUUGACGUCUUCACCGCACACAUCUCAGCUAAUGCAGCUAAUGAUUAUAUUUUUCACGACUUUGCCAAUGCGAUCUUAAUGAACAAUUCAACUAAUUUGCACACAACAAAGUAUUGAAAUUAUUAUCUGAUUCGAAAAUAUUAACAUCAUCGACGAAAAAAAAAACAGUUCAAAAAGCAAUUAACACAGCAGAUAAACGAUUUUUAAAAAAACGCCGGACAUUUUGCUCCGUUUGGUUGUUCAAUUAAAUGUGUUAAAUUGGCCGAAAGAGCGAAAAAAAAGAAAUUAAUUGCACAUGCAAACUGGACGCAUUAACCGUAAAAACGGCCAUCAGCUCCAAAGUUUUUAUCCAACAAAUUACCAAAACUUACGUUUUUACGAGGAAAAAAAAUUGACUGAAAACAUUGAAUUUAACAGUGCCAUCGCCGCCACCACCAUCGGAUCGUGUAUUUUUUUCCACUCCCCCUUGCUAAGCUUACUUAAUUUCUGACCGUGCAAAUUGAUUCGACGUGGUCAAUUGAAUGCAUGAAAAAUUGAAAAACGGCAAUAGAAAAAAAUACGAAUAAAAUAGCUCGAAUAAUAAUUAGAAACUGAAAAACCAGAAAAAAACAGACGAAAUACUUGGAAAAAAGGAUUACGAUUUGAUUGGCCAGAGAGAUAAAGGUUAAAUGCAAUUUUUUGUUUGUUGUGACAAAAAAAGAAACAAAAGAGAAAAAGAGAUAUUUAAGUGCAGAAAACGCGAAAACAAAAACGACGAACUGAUAAAUAAUUGCAAUUCAAAAAAUAACCGCCUAAAUUAAUUGUGUUGGUCGCUCGUUGCUACACCAAAAAAAAGCUACAACUCGAACACAGAAACUAAACCAGCGGAACAAAAACAAUAGAAAAAAAAAACAUUAACAACUUCAUUCGAACGCUACAUUUUGGUCCGUUAAAUUCGUGUGGAAAGGAGUUAGAUUGUGUCUGUUUUUUUGUAUCUUCUCAAAAGCGAAAAAAACUCAAAAAAAAAUUCACUCGAAAUUAAAAGUUGAAGCGGCAAAAAAGAACACACAUACAACACGCGAAAAGAGAGAGAGAGAGAAUGUUUAUGUGCGUCACUCUACUCUAUACUUGACAUAAAUUCGUUUCCAUCUGUCUGUCGCAGUUUAUCUCUAGCAUUUUGCUUUGUAUAAGCUCCAAUCGGAUCUCAUUCUCUCUGUGUGUGUGUGCGGGUAUCCGAACCAAUUCGACACGUAUUUGACAUCGCGCUCGGUACAUUUUCGAAGAGACACUUGUGCACUCAAACAGAAACAAAUGAAAAAAACAUCUCUCACACACAAAGCAAAACAAAACUCUAUAAGCGGAUUCAUUUUUAAAAAAUUGUGCAUAUUCCCACUUAUUUCACAGUCGAACACACCAGAAUUGCGCUGCAGAAGUGUUUGAAAAGACCAACAAUCGCUCGAAAAAACGAUUCCAAACACACCGUUACACGUCGAAAUAUUUAGUCAAUCGACUCGCAUUUUUUGUUGUGCGACAAAGGGAACUUGUGCGGAUACUUCGAAAAUCUAUGAGUUAUAAGGCCUUUUAGCAGCCGGUAUCACCCGAAAUAUCAUAGAAAAAUCACUUCCGACUAUCCCUACACCGAAAGAGAUACACAAUAUUUUUGGAAAUCGCCCCUAUCGACCGAUUUCCAACUAAUCACUCAUCCUACCCACAUUCGCCACCCUAAUCACAUCGCGCCGGAGAUUUUGUUAGUCAAAAACACACACGCUACUGCCACAACAUCGAAAGCGUUGGCGUGUUUUUAACCCGAAGGACGAAGAGAAAGCGGUAGGCUGCCAUAUUCAGGCGAUGCAACGGAUUGCGUAUCGACCGUAAGUUCCAACCAAAUGAAUCGUAUUACCAUUUCAUGCCGUACGUAUACGACCAGAAACCAUGCAAUCGAUCGCGUAGCCAUCAUUGCUGAAUGAUAUGGAUACGAAGCAUUGGGUGGAUCUCGCCUAAGAUGGGGAGCACGCUGCUUGUUGCUAUGUUCAUAGCAUUACAAUUUGCAACUGGCAUGGCAAAUCCGGAAGCAAAACGUCUUUACGACGAUUUACUAAGCAAUUACAAUCGUUUGAUACGACCUGUUGGCAACAAUUCGGAUCGAUUAACAGUGAAAAUGGGACUGAGGCUGUCACAAUUAAUUGAUGUCAAUUUGAGGAACCAAAUUAUGACGACAAAUGUGUGGGUGGAACAGGAAUGGAACGAUUACAAAUUGAAAUGGAAUCCAGAUGAUUAUGGCGGUGUCGACACAUUACAUGUACCAUCCGAACACAUUUGGUUACCGGAUAUUGUAUUAUACAACAAUGCCGAUGGAAAUUAUGAGGUGACAAUAAUGACAAAAGCAAUUCUGCAUCAUACUGGCAAAGUGGUCUGGAAACCGCCAGCCAUUUAUAAAUCAUUUUGUGAAAUCGAUGUAGAAUAUUUUCCAUUUGACGAACAAACGUGUUUCAUGAAAUUCGGUUCGUGGGCAUACGAUGGAUAUACGGUGGAUUUACGACAUUUACAACAACCGGAAGAUUCCGAUAAAAUUGACGUUGGCAUCGAUCUACAAGACUAUUAUAUAUCAGUGGAGUGGGAUAUAAUGAAAGUGCCCGCCGAACGCAAUGAAAAAUACUAUAGUUGUUGUGAAGAACCAUAUCCAGAUAUAAUAUUCAAUAUAACAUUAAGGCGCAAAACAUUAUUUUAUACAGUGAAUCUAAUCAUACCGUGUGUUGGUAUAUCUUUUUUAUCGGUAUUAGUAUUUUAUUUGCCUAGUGAUUCGGGUGAAAAGAUUUCAUUGUGUAUCAGUAUAUUGCUGUCGUUGACGGUGUUUUUUUUACUAUUGGUCGAAAUUAUUCCGCCAACAUCGCUUACAGUGCCACUAUUAGGAAAAUAUUUAUUAUUUACAAUGAUGCUGGUUACGUUAUCCGUUGUGGUGACUAUUGCCGUACUUAAUGUUAACUUUAGAUCGCCAGUUACGCAUAGAAUGGCACCAUGGGUUACGAAAUUUUUUAUGAAUGUACUGCCGAAAAUCCUAUGUAUCGAACGACCUAAAAAAGACAAUCCACCACACGAUGAUGAUAUCGGUCCACCAGAAGUGUUAACCGAUGUAUUUCAUUGCCAUCCAGACGUAGAUAAAUUCACACAUGAUUACAACACCACCGACUAUGGGCUGCCAGUGAUGCCAUCGAGAUUUAAUGUGGCUGCAUCAGGUGGUGUUGGCCUUUGUUUCGGUGAACCGCCAUUGCCUGCAUUGCCGUUACCGGGCGGCGAUGAUGAACUGUUUAGCCCGGCUGGAAAUGGCGAACUGAGUCCAUCAUGCUGCGUUGUCGACGGCAUCAGUCCGACAUUCGAAAAACCAACGCUACGCGAAGUGGAAAAGACAAUAGAAGGAACACGUUUUGUUGCGCAACACAUGCGAAACAAGGAUAAAUUCGAAAGCAUUGAAGAGGAUUGGAAGUACGUUGCUAUGGUAUUGGAUCGUUUGUUUCUGUGGCUUUUUGCAUUGAUGUGUAUCUUUGGUACAGCGUUAAUCAUACUGCAGGCGCCCAGCUUAUACGAUUACACGCAGCCAAUUGAUAUAUUUUAUUCAAAAAUUGCGAAAAAGAAGCAAGAAUUGUUAAAAAUGGGCACCGUAGAAGAAGUAUAGCGACACGUUGGGUUCGCAAACAGCCUGUGGCACAUUGUGCGCGGCUGGUUGCGGACCCUGUUCGGUAACGUCGAACAAAAUUAAAUACCGACAACUUUUUCGAAACGACAAUGACACUAAACCAAAAAGAAUAAAACAGAAAGUAAGAGA